UCAAGCACUUGUCAAACUACAUGUAAACAUACACGAUAAUUUUUUGCUAUAUUUAACCUCAAAUUAUGAUAGAUCCGUCGUCGAGUGAGGAUGAAUCGGACCAAGAAACAAAUGAAGAUGAAAACUCUGAUGGACACAGUUUGCACAACAGUACAGAACGUGGUAGUUUAUCUGCCAGUGGGGAUAACUUGAGUGUCACCGGCCCACAGAGGUCCAACAGUAUCCGACCAUCUAGUCCUAGUCCUUCCCUUGUCAGUGACAGAGAAAAAGUUGAAGACACUGAAAAACUAGAGAGAGAAGAAGAAGAAAGAAAAAAGCGGUUACAACUGUAUGUAUUUGUUAUGCGAUGUAUUGCCUAUCCUUUUAAUGCUAAACAGCCAACAGACAUGGCAAGAAGGCAAACUAAAGUGACUAAGCAACAACUUCAAACAAUUAAAGAAAGGUUUCAUGCAUUUCUCAAUGGAGAAACUAGUAUUGUUGCAGAUGAAGCAUUCACAAAUGCUGUUCAGAGUUAUUAUGAAGUCUUUCUAAAAAGUGACAGAGUUGCCAAUAUGGUUCGAAGUGGGGGUUGUUCAGCAAAUGAUUUUAGAGAAGUGUUUAAAAAUAACAUUGAAAAAAGAGUAAGAAGCCUUCCAGAAAUUGAUGGAUUAAGCAAAGAAACAGUAUUAAGUUCGUGGAUGACCAAAUUUGAUGCAAUAUUUCGAGGUGAAGAAGACCCAAGAAAGCAACCACAACGAAUGACAACUGCAGCCUCUGAGCUAAUUCUUAGUAAAGAGCAGUUGUAUGAAAUGUUCCAGAAUAUAUUAGGGGUGAAGAAAUAUGAGCAUCAAAUUUUGUACAAUGCAUGUCAGUUGGACAAUGCAGAUGAGCAAGCAGCACAAGUAAGAAGAGAACUUGAUGGUAGAUUGCAACUAGUUGAGCAAAUGUCAAGGCAACGUAAGCAUCCAAAGUUUGUUGUGAAAGAAAUGGAGAGCAUGUAUGUUGAUGAAUUAAAGGCAGCCAUAAAUCUGUUGAUGGCAAAUUUGGAGAGUUUACCUGUAUCUAAGGGCAGUACAGACUCCAGGCUGACAAAGUUUACUGGUAAAAGAAUCAACAGAUUUUAUAUGUUUGAUAACAUGUGCUGUCCCAGUUUAAUGUUAGGUUUUAUGACCCACACUUCUUCCCUAUCCAAGAUGGACAUUUCUGAUGAUACAGAAACAGGCUUAUCAAAAUUAGAUGUUGUGCUGUCAUUUACAUUGGAGGUCCAUGUUGUUGAAGUUAAAGGUCUGAAAUCACUCGCCAACAGUAAGAUUGUGUAUUGUACAAUGGAAGUUGAAGGUGGAGAAAAAUUACAAACUGAUCAUGCUGAAGCCUCUAAACCAUGUUGGGACACACAAGGAGACUUCACUACAACCCAUCCUCUACCCAUAGUUAAAGUAAAAUUGUAUACAGAAAGUUCUGGAAUGCUUAGUCUUGAAGAUAAAGAAUUAGGAAGAGUUGUAAUCAGACCUACAGCUAACAGCAGUAGACAGGCAGAAUGGCAUAAAAUGGAAACUAAAAAUACCACAGAUGUCUUAACUAUAAAAAUAGCAGUCAGAAUGGAUAAACCACAAAAUAUGAAGCAUUGUGGUUAUCUAUAUGCAGUUGGUAAAAAUGUGUGGAAGAAAUGGAAAAAGAGAUACUUUGUUUUAGUCCAGGUUUCACAGUAUACAUUUGCCAUGUGUAGCUACAGAGAAAAGAAACCAGACCCAACAGAAAUGAUGCAAUUAGAUGGUUUUACUGUUGAUUAUUGUGAACCAUUACCUGAUUGUGAUGGUGGGAAAUAUUUUUAUAACACGGUUAAAGAAGGUGACAAUGUAGUGCUAGCUACAGAUGAUGAAAAUGAAAGAACCUUAUGGGUACAAGCUAUUUAUAGAGCGACAGGACAGACACAUAAACCUGUUCCUCCUGUUAUACAGACAAACAGAAUAUCAAAUACUCAAAUAUCAAGGAUGCAAGGAGAUGCUGAUAGAGCCAAGAAACAUGGAUUAGAUGAAUAUGUCCAAGCCAACCCUGCUGAGUUUGACCAUCAUGAAUUGUUCUUAGUGAUGCAAACAUUAACCCUUGACUAUAGACUAAGUGAUGCAUACACAUGUUUGGGCUGGUUUAGUCCAGGACAGGUGUUUGUAUUAGAUGAAUAUUGUGCUAGAUAUGGUGUCCGAGGAUGUCAUCGCCACCUGUGUUAUUUAAGUGAUCUGCUGGAGAGAGCAGAGAAUGGUAUACUGAUUGACCCAACAUUAAUUCACUACAGCUUUGCUUUUUGUGCUUCCCAUGUACAUGGUAAUAGGCCUGAUGGUAUUGGUACAGUUUUACUAAGAGAAAAAGAAAAGUUUGAUGAAAUUAAAGAAAGACUUCAUAUACUCCUAGAAAAACAAAUAACACAUUUUAGGUACUGCUUUCCAUUUGGUAGACCAGAGGGAGCUUUGAAAGCUACAUUAUCAUUAUUAGAAAGGGUGUUGAUGAAAGAUAUUGUAACACCAGUACCCCCUGAAGAAGUGAGAAAUGUCAUCAAAAAAUGUCUAGAAAAUGCUGCUUUAGUCAACUAUACAAGAAUAUCAGAAUAUGCCAAAAUAGAAGAGUCGUAUAAUAAUGGUGUGUCACCUAAGAAAAGACUUGAUGAUGUGAUGCAUUUGGCCGAGUUAUGUAUUGAAGUAUUACAACAGAAUGAGGAACAUCAUGCUGAGAUAUGUGAAACUAAAGAGCCUUCAAAGAAGAGUGCAAAGGAAAUUCAACCAAUCUUGCCAUGUGACAAGUAUAUUGUACAUUUAAGCCAAUCAGAGUUGAUUUUAGAGGCUACCAAGGCUUUUGCAUGGUUCAGUGAUUUACUGGUAGAACAUGCAGAGAUAUUUUGGUCCCUGUUUGCUGUAGAUAUGGAUUCUGCACUAGAAAUGCAGCCAUCAGACACAUGGGAUAGCUUUCCUUUAUUCCAGGCACUUAAUGACUAUCUAAGGAAUGAUGAGAAUUUAUGUGGAGGAAAGUUUCAUUUACACUUAAGGAAUGUAUUUGCUCCCCAAGUUGUGAGAUAUGUAGACCUGAUGGAGUCAUCAAUAGCCCAGUCUAUACAUAAAGGAUUUGAGAAGGAGAAAUGGGAACCUCAGGGAAAUGGCUGUGCAACCUCAGAAGAUAUGUUAUGGAAACUUGAUGCUCUACAAUCAUUCAUACGAGAUCUACAUUGGCCAGAAGAGGUGUUUGCUGAACAUUUAGACCAUAGGUUAAAACUAAUGGCAGCAGAUAUGAUUGAAGCUGCAGCCAAAAGAACAUUAAAGGCAUUUGAGCAAUGGCUAAGAAAAGGUGGUAAAGGCACAGAUUAUGUUAUAUACUCAGAAAUUUGUGUAAUGAUGAAUGUUAUCAUUGACUGUAAAAGCAGGGCAUUACAUUUAUGUGCUCUUGAUAGUGGAGAAAAUAUGCAUCAGUACCACACCAAAAUAGAGGAAUUCCUGGAAAGAGUUCAAGCACAGAUGGUCAAAUGUCUGAUUGAGAAGUUAUUAUCAGUAAUGGAGUCAGUUUUAAGUAAACUUGCACGGUAUGAUGAGGGCACCUUCUUUUCUUCAAUUCUAUCAUUAACAAAACCAGUAAAUGAGCUUGGUAAAUCCUAUGUAGAUUUUAUGAGAUGUAGUCUAGACCAGAUAAGACAAAAAAUAGCUGAUGAAUUGUUUACUUUGUCAAUAUUUGAGCAAUGGUAUACCAGUCAAAUGAAGAUGACUUAUGAUUGGUUGUCAGAUAGACUAGAUCUUUCACUCCAUCCAUACCAGCUUACUUGCAUCAUGACUAUAAAUAGAAAAUGUUAUUCAGACUUUGAACUUCAAGGUGUAUUAGAGAAUAUAUUAAAUGAUAAAACCUAUCAGAACAUUUGCAAAAGGCUACAGGUAGAAGAAGCUACUCACUCAGUAACACAGUGUGAAAAGAGAUCAACAGGGUUUUUGGGAGGAGGUACCAGUAGUAAUGUCAGUAAUGAUAGUGAUGAGGAAUCAGAUUAAAACCAGGGACCAGAUCAAACAACAUUUACCUCAUGAGAAAACUUAUUUAACUGGUGAAUUGUUGUUUUCUUGAAAUGACCUUAAGGUGCAAACUAAGGCCUCUCUAAAAUUCUUUUUUAAGAUUCCUUCUUAGUAACAAAAGUUAUUCUCACAGAACUAUCUCUGUCAAUAUUAACAAGGGACCAAGUGAUCAAAGCAUAAUAAUUGAUAAUUGAUAUUAUUAGUAAGUUACGUAAUUAUUGAAUUUAUUAGAAUUUACUUUGCUGGAUAUGAAAAUAUUUAUAGCUUUAAAAAAAAAAUAUUAUUUUUUUUAAUCUUCAAAUUUUUCAAGUUGUUCUGAUAACACAUUGAAAUGGAAUAUUAUAGUCCACAGUUUAUAUCAUGAGCUAUUCAAUGACAAUUUUAGUCUAUUUCACCUUAUUUCUGCAUUAGUAUAUGAAUAUAAAGUAGAUUCUGGCAUUCACUUGUACAAAAAUUAUAUUAAAAUUAUUCUUACUAAUUUAUAAGGCGGGCUACACUUUGAAAUUUGAGGAAAUACACAUAUUAUGUGGUGGCACCUAAUGUACAUCUGUCUCUGUGUUAAUCCAUCCAUUCAUAUGUCUCUUCUGGUUAAGCUAAUCCUAAAAUAUUUAUCUAUCAGACUUUAGUUAUCUUAUUGAAGGUUAAUAAAACAUAACAAAAAUGUUGAAAACAUUUGAACUCAUAGAUUAAUUAUGCUGCUGCUAACCACCAUAUCCAUUUUAUAAAUAUGUGUUAUUAUUUCUCUGUGCACAAUAUCAAUUUGACACGAAUUUAUGUUCAUUUGUUAAUAAAGGGCAUAUAUAAAAUAUAUAUUCGGCUUAUAGUAUCUAUAGUAAUAAGAAUCUAUCUAUUAAGCUAAAAUAAUAGACAUGCUAUUAGGAAUGUCAGAUCUGAUUUUCUUAUAAGUUAAAUCCAUGUAUAUAUUUUAUUUUUAAUUUCUAUUUAGUUGAGUAUAUUUUCUGAUUAGGAGAAAACUUUUAUUACAAUACCUGUAUUUUUUAAACUCUUACCUUGACCAGGAGGAGGAAAAAAGAAGGUAUGAAACUGUUUCAAAGCAAUUAUAAUACCACUGACAUGAUAUGUUUUACUAGUCAUUCCUGAGAUCCUAUCAUCCUGUGUUAUCAAUGCUGAAUAAAGCCAACAAGUGCUAUCUUUUAAAAUAGAUUUAAAUAUAAAAGUCUUCUUAUCAUACUGGAAGACUGAAAAUUUUUGGUUUCCAGAUGUUAUCUUUUGAACCAUUUGUCCAAUUUUUACUGAACUUUGUGAGAUAAUGUCCUAUGAGAUGAAGAAUAUCCCUAUUAAAUUUAAAGUCAAAGGUCAAGGUCAGGAGAAGACAAAAUUUGGUUUCAAGGUUAUUCCUUUUGAAGUUAAGCUCAAUAAGCUAAUUUGGAAAGAGCAAGGUCUAAGGUCAAGGUCAAUUUAGUAACUUUUCAUCAUUUUCAUAAAUUGUCAGCAGAUUUUACUGUCCUCGUCAUCAGAACCCCCCUAAAAAUAAUUAAACCUGACUCAAUAAACUGUUUCACUUACAAAUCCAUAAAGAUUUCAUUUCAUUUUUUUCUCACUUGUUUUAUAAAUUGUGAAAAUAAAUGCUUUUCAUUUGAAUCAGUGGACACUCCACCCACUGAAUCAGCAAUUUGAGGAAAACUAUUCUAAGUGCAUUAUGUCAUAGAAAAGUGUACUCUUCUGUAUUAUAAGUUUUGGUUGUGAAAGAAUGAUUGUGGUUGUUAAUGAAAUCCUAAGUUGCAUUUUUAUACAAUUGUUUAUUUUUAUGAAAUUUUGUUGAAGUUUGUUUAUUUACUAUUUAUUUAUAUAUAUAAUACUUGUUGUUUUAUUUUUAUCUAUUUUCUUUACUUAUAAUUACAAAGUUUAUACUAAAUUAUAAAGUCAGUGAUGUUAUUAAUUUAAGUUUAUAUGAAUUUAAGGUAAUUUAUUAUAGUGUUACUUUCAGUUUGAAUAAAUAUAUAGUCAUAUUUUCAAGUACCGGUAUACAUUUAUUUUCAUUUUCAAUAUACAAAUGUAUAAGAAACUGUAAAGAGUUUAAUUUUAAAAAGCAGAUUAUAUUGUGAUUUAUUAAUAUCCAUGACAAUCAGUUUUUCCAGUUUUUUUCUACUAAUAAAAUUAGUUAAAACGAGAAAUCCAUUUAUACAUUAUCAAAAAAUAUCAAUAUCUUAAAAGAGUCUGUUAAACAUGUUAAUGCACUAAAUCACUCUACUUGCUGAUAUGUAAGGAAUAUAUUUUUAAAAUAGAAACACUCAAGGAUUUGCCACCAAUGCAAAAUUUCUAAAAAAAAUAACAAAAAAAAACCAUUGUUAGUUACAACAGGUUUCUGUUCUGUUCUUUCUUUCUUUUUUUUAUUAUUAUAUAGGAUAUGUAUUCUAUGUAUAAUUUUUCAAGGGUAUACAUUUUUAAAAAAACAACUUUUGCCAUUCUGCAAAAAUAACUCUUGUCAGGCUGCAAAUUUAACUUUUAUUAAGGUAGUGUAAUGGAAGAAUGCAGCAAAAAAUAUACUCUGCUUGCAUAGUAGAAUUUUAUACAUUCCAUUAUUGAUAUUAUCAUUCCUUCAGUUUGUGAAUAAUUAAUUGCAGUACAUGUAUAAUGUGAUCUUUUUUUAUAAGGAAUAAUCAUAGUAUUUCAAUGACAUGAACUUACUGUAUUUACCUUGUCUGUCCAUUCAUAACUUUUUCUUACAUAUUUAUAAGCUUAUGUAUUAUGGAAAGACUUGAUCUUUGGAUUGAUGAGUUGUAUGGUGUCAGGAAUAUUUUUCCAAUCUGUCGAAUCUUUUCUUUUAAAUUUUUAUUAUACCAAAUGAGAAAGGAAUGUUGUGUUACAUAUUACUGAACUUGUGUAUUUCUCAAUGAUUUGAUAUUUAUUCUUUAACUUGCUAAUGCUGAGUCAUUAUGUGUAAGUUAUUUUCAAAUUUGCAAAACUGAUCACUUUAAAUACUGUAUUUUUUAUCAUACCCAUUUAGUAUGGAUCUUUUGAUAUUAUAAUUAGUGGCAGUAUUUUCUGCACAGUAUAGAAUGCAACAUCUGCAUUUUCAUGAAGCAAUUGAGCUUUUGGGGUGCUCAUUUGAAAUGAAUUGUUUUCACAUCUAGAAAAUUGGCAGCCAUGCCAAACAUUAGUGUGUGAUAUUAUGCUAUAAAAUGUCAACUUCAAAGAUGUUGAUGUAAUUUAAACAUCACAAAGGGUAAAACUUGUUUUUCUGAUCUAAUUUGAAUAAAAUCUAUGCAUAAUUUGAACAUCCUUGUCAAUUACUGUACAGUAAUUAUAAUGUAUGUAUAUUAUGUCACUUUUACAUCAUAAGUAACAUUUGUGUACAGGACUGAUUGCAUAAUUUUGAAAGAAUUUUACACUUAUUUGUUUUUGAAUGUAAAAACACUAGUUCCUAUACUUUCACUCUUCUAAGAAAUGUGAAAUCUACUUCAUUUCUGGAUUCACACAAUUGUAUUGUUAAGCUGUUAUGUCUUUGCUGUACAAUUCUUUUUUUAUUUGACUACUGCAAAUUCAGAAAUUUUUGCAAUAUUUUAAUUAAGGCAAAAAUUGUUACUUGAUAGGUAUUGCAAAUAUAAACACUUGCAUUAUAAACCUUGGCAGCAUUGUUUGCAUGCAACAGUUUCUUAAAUGGUGAUUUUAUAUUUAUCUUGUCCAUGUUCAACAAUUGCAGUAACGGUUGCUUUCUAAAAAUUUCUGAAUUUGCAGUAUCAAAUUUUGAAUAAUCUGAUACAAUAUAGUAGAAGAAACCUUGAUAUAGUAUCAAUAUUGUUAUAGAUGACGUUAGUUAUGGUUUGAGGUUAGAUACCUGCACAUAAUGUUAGUAUACUUGUAAGUAGACCAGUGAAUUCUCAUUACCUGUCCUUACAAAGUUUAGGUUCACUAUAAGAACCAGUAAGGAAACCAGUUGAGCACAUUGAAUGUAUAACAUGUUUUUAUAAUGCCUUGUUUGAAAGUUAAUAUAUCUAUAGUUGUAGAGUUGUUAUUGUAAGUAGAUGAACUGUUAUAUGGUCAACUUGUUUUAUGUAGACAUAUAGGCUGGAAUGAUGUUCUUUGAGUUUCAAGUAUCUGGAUAAAAAAUAAUCAAAGAAGAUAAACAACAACAAAAAAGUAAAAACUUAAACGUAUCUGUUCAUUAAAUGAAGAAUACAGAAUUUUAACCGUGAUUUAUAUUGAAUUUAGUUCACCUUGUCCUUUGACAACAUUUUAAUAUGCAUUUAUUUAUAUCAAAAUUCAGAAACAAUUAUUUUGACACUAUUCUUAUUUUUUCUCAUACUUCUCUAAUGUCAUACCUAAUAUUUGUUCUUCUAAGAUAUUUACAUAUUUUGAAGUUACUUUUUGAGUAGUAUGGUUGAUCCCUGGUGAAAAGCAUCAUAUCCCUUUUGUCAAGUUUGAAAUUGUGAAAUAAUUAUAUGAAAACAGGAGAUGAUAAUGUUUAUUUCUCUGAAUUUUAUUUCUUUUUUCAAAAUAUAGUUUUUUCUCAUAUAGGCAAUUUCACUCUACAUUUGUAAUAGAAUUAUUUCUGCUUGCUAAUAAGACCAUAGUUGAUAUUUUAGAAGACUUUUUCUUAUUGUAUAGAACAAUUCUAAAUCUUGUUUGUCUUUCACUUAACUAAUAUUGUAUUUAGACCAAAAUAUGCAAUUUGAUGUGCAAUAUCUGUCACUUAAACUAGGUGCAGACUUUUAUUGUGGAAUAAAAUAGAUAUACGUUA